UGGAUUCAAACUGAUUUUGGCUUUGGAGGUGCGAAGAGUGCUGAGCCGUUCCUAAGCUCAAUGCGUCUCUUCAUCGAUUCCUCCGAGACCCGCUUCUCACUAUACACACUCCGAGGUAUUCCAGCACAAAGAAACGUAACGCUCCCAAGUGGCGUGCACGCAUGGUUACGUAGUUCUAGAGCUCGAGAUUUC